CUCCCCUAAGUUUACCAUACCGGGUAAAGUUCCUUCAAGCGAAAACAGAAAUCAUUUCAAUAAUUCUCCAAAUGUAGAGUGCAUUUUUGCUAGUAUUUCAAAAUAUUUUGGCUGUUCUUUUAUUUUAGAAUCACCAUGAGUCGAAAAGCACGAGUUACUUUUAGCUACAAGCCCGAACAGGACGAUGAACUGGUCUUGGAAGUUGGAGACAUCAUUACUAAUAUAACUGAUGUGGACGUUGGUUGGUGUGAAGGAGAAUUGAAUGGAAAGAAGGGAAUGUUUCCAGAUAAUUUCGUCGAGGAGUUCAGCACGCCUGGCGAGGAAGUACCUAGCGCUUCACCACUUCCGAGCUCUAAUUCUAAAACAGCUGUAGGAAAGAAGGCAAAGGUAGCCUUUGAUUAUGAGGCUCAAGAUGCUGAUGAAUUGACACUGCAUAUGGGAGAUAUUGUGGAUUUUAUGGAAGAAGUAGAAGAAGGCUGGUGGAAAGGCAAAUUGCAUGGAAAAGUUGGCGUCUUUCCAUCCAAUUUUGUCGAACCUUUUGUGGAAGAGGAUGUCACUCCAAACCAGGACAAGCCAGCUCAGAUACAAACUGAAAAAGAGCCACCUGUCAGUCAAGGUCGAACUGGAGCAGCAGCAGUAGAAGACGAUGAUACAGGUAUCAAUAAGAGGCAUUCUAGCACAGGGAAGGCUAAGCAGUUGCCUGGAGGGGGUAUGGGGUUUGGAAACCUUAUCAACGCCAACAUUCUUGCUGAGAAGAAACUCAAGAAAGUCCACCCUGAUGAAAAGAAAGAGAAAAAAGAUAAAUUUGAAGAAAGAAAUGUAUCUGCUGAACCAAGCAAGACUGUUGCUGCUGUAAAGGCACCUUUGGGUGCUAAAUCAAGGCCUGCACCCCCUGUCCCAUCUGCUCCUCCAAUUGUUCAACCAGCCAAGAAGCCAAAUGAAUGUGCAAGAGUCAUGUUUGAUUAUGAGCCUGAAAAUCUUGAUGAACUCAAAUUAACAGUAGGCGAUAUUGUCAAUGUGACAAACCAAAACAUUCCUGACACAGAGGGUUGGUGGGAAGGAGAGCUAAAUGGAAUGGUUGGUGUCUUUCCUUGUAACUUUGUUGAACUGCUGCCAGCAGGUGUAGGGGAAGUUUCAUCAAAGGCUCCUGCUCCACCCCAAACUCACAAGAAAGGUGUGCCAGUUUUGCCAGUGAAAGAUGAACUGAAAAAAUCACCAAAACUUUCCAGGAAGCAUUCCCCUCCAGUCUCUCCUAAAGAGGAAUCAGAUGCUAAAGUAAUCCCAGAUGUCCAGAAAACUGUUAAGGAUGCAAACAGCGAGCCCCCUGCUCCAGCACCAACCAAGCCAAAGCCACCAGUUGCAGGCCAGAAGCCUGUUUUACCACCCAAGAAACCUUUACCAAUCCAUAAGAAACCUGCUGUGAAAGGUGUGCCAAAGAAGCCAGAGAAGAAAGCAGAGACUGGAAAUACCAGUGUUGUGGAGAAAAAAAGGAAUGAGGAAACAGAUGAUAUUGUUGAUGACAUUUCAGCAGAGAAGGUACCAUCUCAGGAAGAGGGAAUCAGUAAGCCUACUGAGAUCCAAUUGGAAAGUACAGCAGGAAGUUCCCUAGAUGACAUUCCAGCCACAGAGACAUUAAAUCACCUGACUGCCAACAGAGCAAAGAAUCCACAAAAGAGGCCACCAUCCAAGGAAGGACGAACGGACCCAGCUCGCUUAAGUGGAGACUUGCUGGAAGAGCAAAUAGCUGAGGCUAACAAACAACAGCCUCCAGAACGUCCCAAAGAACCGCCAAGAGAACCUGCUUGGAAAAAAGAAGUUAGAGAAGCUCGGGAAAAGAAACAAACCGUUGCAGAAGAAAAGCCACCGCCUUUGCUGUCGUCCAAAACGGAGGUACUAGAGAAACGAAAAUCUCUAAGAGAGGAAGUGCCCGUACCACUAGUGCAGAAAGUUGAGCCUUUUGCAACAGCGCCUGGGGAGGUGGAGAAGCUACGAAAGGAGAUCGGCGAUCUCCGAGAGAUGAUAGCUAAUAUGGAUAAGAAACAUAACGAUGCUCACAAAAGAUUGGAAGAAAAAUUUACCCGGGAAAUAGAAGGACUUAUAACUGACUUUGAUGAAGAAAGGAAACACAAUGCUGCCCUCAAGGUAGAAUUAGACAGAAUUAAAAGGCGUCAAAAUAGGCAAGAUUCUGGAACCACAGCUUGAUAGAGAGAACAUAGGAUCUUUUGGUUUUUUUUUUUUAAGGUAAAUCGAUUUAAAUGUAGGCGCGGAAAUCUAUAUCAUGAAUUUGUGGUGGUUCAACUACUAUUAGUCACUAAUAAAAGAACAUGAAUUCGCCACAUAUUCCAUAGGUGAGGCUGCGUUAAUGCUACAGACGCGUGGUGAUACAUACAUGUAUUAAAUACGGUUUCCGAAGUCGGGAGGUGGUUCAGUCACACAUGUCCUCGAUUAGAUUUGACAAAAAUGCAUACUUAUUUUUUAGUCAAGAUGACUUUUUUGACAAAACCCACGAAAUACAGUGGUAAAUCAGUAAAGGAAAUCAGAAAAAAUUUAUGAAAAAAACAGACAAAUAAAUAAAAUGACGUACUUGAUUUUGCGUUAUGCGUUUUCCUCGCGUCGACGGUCACUUGUAGUUGCCACUCAGUGUCUCAACAGAUCUCGAAAAACAUAACUCUUGAAAGAAUGAAGAAGAGUCAGAGCCGUGUAAAAUAAUGAUUUGAUCGCAUACCACAAUGUUUUUCAAUAUGUCCGGACUUGCUGUCAAAGUCAGGUGCCUUUUUUAUAGCCUGUUUUCAAACUUUGUAAAUUUUACAGCUUUGUUCGAAAAAGGGAUCCGAGGUACAACUGUAACAUUUGAUGAUAUCAUUAGACAAUAGGUAUGUCUAGGUACAGUUUGCAUCUCACCUCAUAUAUAAAUGAGCUUAUUUUCGUAUUCUUUUAUUUUACCUGUCAAAUAUGUGUACACACAUUGUUUACAUAUAUCCUAUUAGUCUUUCUUGGGUGCAUUUUUUUAUGUUGCGCUGUUGUUUCACGACAGCUUCUCCUAUAGAGAAAUGCUGUGGGAGGGGGGAUAGAUAGAAAAACUCGGAUUUACGUCAGUAUCUGAGCAAUUGUACACCCACCCCUCCCCUAGCCCAAUGCUAGUCCUAACUUGUUAUUAGUUGACUGUGGUUGUGUUAGGUGAGGGGUGGGUAGACAGUUGCUCAGCCAAAACCUCGUUCAUUUCAUAAAUAGAGAUAAGAUCUGGUCUUAAAUUGGAACGAUUAUGUGUAGAUUAGUCAGUUUGUAGCUUUUUAACAUCCAUGCAUCUUUUCAUGAUUUCUCCUUGACUUAAAUCAUGGCUGCAUUCAUGAAAUAUAUUUAAAGGACUUCAUUGGUUCUAGAGAGCAGGAAUCUUAUGCAUCAAUCAAAUAGGGGUAUUGAGUGAUGGGGAAGGGUCUGAAUAAUGUUUACAUAAAAUCAUUGAAUUUUUUUAUUGUUUCUGGGUUGUAUGAGAGCAUUCUGAAA